AUGGCAUCUCCGUUCGAUCGUCUCACGAUAUUCUAUUCCCAGUGCGACAAGCGCUUGCCGGGCUGUGCGCGGUUCCUUGACGAGAGCCAAAACCUUCGCAAGAAGUUCUCCUCGGCUGGUGCCAGUCCGCAGGACAGUGGCAUCGUCAAGUCCGUAGACUCACAUCUUCCGACUGAGGCGCCUUCCAUUGCUUCACCAUAUUCGGGCUCGCUUGAUUCAGUCUUGCUACCCACGACAGCCUCUGGAAGCAGUGAUGUUGCUCAAACCCAGGCAACAACUCCAAUCCCGCCCGAGAUUCAGCUUACGUCUCAAGAUGAUGCUCUGCAGGGAUCUAGCUCUGGCCUGGAUAGGGCUGGCCAAGGCAGCUUUUCUACUGACCAAGGGAUUCAUGACACGUCCUUUAUCACGACUGAGAGCAUCUCAGACUCAGACUUUGACUCCAGGUUCUUCGAUAUUGACCCCCAGAUUUACUUUGCAGAUGGAAACAACUGCUGCGGAUUCAUACCAUCCCUCUCCUUGAUAAAUGAUGCCAACGGCCCGCAAGGACCAUCUCUCUCCUGGCUUAAUGACGUCAAUCUGGAAGGAUAUGGACAACCUGGAUAUGAAGUGGACACGGAGAGAUCAGAAAGAUCCGAAAAGCCAGGGACCGAUUUUUCGUCUCCAAUUCCAGAUUCUUCAACCGAGGCCGACCACGAGACCGCAUAUCUGAUCCGAUAUUUCGCUGAACGAAUCAGCCCGUGCUUGGAUGUCUUUGAUAUUGAGCGAUUCUUUGGACAUAUUGUCCCCAUCAAGGCCAUACGAAGCCCUCUCUUACAAAACGCCUUGGCUGCCAUUGCUGCAAAGCAAUUUGGGAAGACGAAACGAGAGACGUACUCGUCAAAUCAUCAGACACCUGGUCGGUCGAUGCUGGAGCAGUACUCGGAAGUGGCUCACAUCGACUGGUUUUACAAAGCCGCAAGUUUCUAUGACAAGGCCAUCGGUCAUAUGAUGAGAUUGUUGCAAACACUACGUGACGGCAGCCCUGCUUCAUCACCUGGAAGUACGCCAUCAUCGAUGGACAUGACGCUGAACCUUCAUUCAGCAGUGUCGCCAUCAUUCAAGAGGCGCCGGAUCGAAAGUAAUCAGAAUUCUCAUAACGUUGUGGACGAUCUUCUGGCGGCAAUAUCUGUGUUUCUUCUCUACGAAUCACUCGAUAAUCGAUUUGCAGAAGUCUCUAGGCACAUGUCUGGCGCUCAAUAUCUGCUUACGUUCAACUUGAAGCAAAUCUUUGAAAACACCGAACAUAAUCCUCGCAACGGAGCAUACGGUCUAAGUACUCGAAGAGCCUGGCAAGCGUCUUUCUGGAACAUUGUCUGUAUCGAUUGGGUUACAUCCUACACCGGAGAGACCCCGCCGCGCAUUGAUAUAGAGAACCUCGAGUUAUGGAAAGCUGCAGGGUUACCAAUGUGUGUCGUCAGUGGUGUUCACCUACCGGUUUCCCUUUGCGGUGAUGAAACUUCAGGCCACCAAUUGCAAAUGACUGAAACGGUGGCCUGCAGAAGCUUGAUAUGGGUCAUAUUAAAGACGCUUGCGUUCGUGGCUGCUGAAAAAAGCGGCAGCAAAAUUCCAGACAGCAGCUCUCUAGAUGCUGGUAAGACAAAUGGAAGCCCACUCCAUAAACUUCACAGCUGGGAUGACAUCUCGCAACAUCUCGACAACUGGUGUGCUGCGUUACCAGACACCUUUGAGCCUUGUGCGAGGAUAGCACAACGAUACAAUAAUAUCCCCACGCCUUCGGACACCAUGCCGCCGAGGUCAGAAUUUCAAAGUGCGUUCCAGGAGCUCUUCUACGCCAAUGCCAUGUGCGCAACGGCUGCGGUCUUGUACCAUUUUGUGCAGCUUCUCCUCUUACUCCACAAACCUCUGAAUCAAAAGCUGUCAGAGUCACAUCCGGAGUUUGUGGCCAAACGCCUCAACGCAUAUCGCCAACUGUCGGCUCAGAUCGAAGGACAUGCCAAUGAGAUAUGCGCAAUAUCACUGGGACGGCCAGAUGACCCUGUUCGAAUGCACAUGGUACAGCCUUUGUAUAUAGCAGGGCUUUGCUUUGAGGCACACGAACAGAGGACAGCGUUGGCCCAGCUCCUAGCGACUAUACAGCGGGAGACUGGGUAUUCAACCACGGAGAGAGUUGCAAAUCUGCAGCAGCAAUGGGGAUGGGGUACUACUCCGCCGGCACUUGAUGUGAUGAUGUGA